GCUGCAUGCAUGCCAUGCUUUUUUCUUAGUCCUGUGUUGUUCUUGUUAUAUAAAGAGGUCCAAGUUGUGGAGCACGAAUGGUAAUGGUAAUAAUAGGGGUUUUUUAGAACACCCUUUUGCUUUCAGAAGUGGAAAGUGAAGGUCUUUGAAGAGAAGGAAAAAUGGGUAGUUGUGGAAGGGAAGGUGUAGUGAGACAGUACAUAAGAUCAAAAGUCCCUCGUUUAAGAUGGACCCCUGAACUGCAUCGUUGCUUUGUUUAUGCCAUUGAAACUCUUGGAGGUCAUCACAAGGCUACUCCUAAACUUGUUCUUCAAUUGAUGGAUGUUAAAGGGCUGACAAUUUCACAUGUCAAGAGCCAUCUGCAGAUGUACAGAAGCAUGAAAGGUGAUUCCUGCAGACAAGACAAGACUUCCACCCAACAUAGAAAACAACACGAUGAUGAAGUGGGUGAUGUUGGUUUCCACUCUUGUUUCAAAUCCAUUGGAAAAGAAUCUGAUUCCCAACCCAGCUGCAGUAAUUUCUCCCUUAAAAGAGCUAGAAUCGAGAAGACAAGUUUUCUCUCAGGAUUCCCACAAUGCAGCCAAAGAAUAUGUGAUGCAGUCCCAAAUCCAUACACUACUUUUUAUGAUUACCUGCAUAGCAUGGCUGAGCAGAAGGGAAUAAAGAAGAUUUGUGCUGGUUCAAUAUUGCAGACUCAACCCCUUUCCACAACUUUUCUUCCCAUGCUACCAAGCCAAGCAUCAGAUUUUCUCCAGGUUGCCUACUUAAAUGAUAAACAGGCUUUGAAUGAAGUUGAGAAGAGUUGUAGGGUAGAAGCAGAGGAUGAAGACAUGGGAGGUUGUGAGUUGUCACUGUCCAUCUCAUUGCCACAACCACAUCCUUCUUCUCAGAGAAGUAAUGCUUCUUCAGUCAGCGAUAUCAGUGAGGCCUUUUCAUUGUGCCCUAAGUUUAACAACAACAACAACAACUACAUGGGAUGUUCUACUUCUUCUAAUGUUUCAAACAAAGUUAAUGUCGACCUAUCUUUGGCCAUUUGAAUGUCACCUUCAUUUCACAGAUCAAUAGCUGUUUUA